CCGGACCCAGGAGGCGUACAGAAGCAAAGACUCGCUGGAGCUGCUCAGAAGUUUGCUGGUUUUCAAACUCUGCUCCUAUAACUUCCUGGUUGAUAAGAAUAAAGAGAUAAUGGAUCUAGGCAAGAAGAUCCUCGGCCCGAGAGGCUUCGACCUGCUCAUGAAGAUGACAUUUUAUGGCCAGUUUGUGGCCGGCGAGGACCACAGGGCCAUCGGGCCGCUGAUCCGGAAGAACCAGGCCUUUGGCGUUGGUUCCGUUCUGGACUACGGUGUCGAGGAGGACAUCGGCCAGGACGAGGCGGAACAGAAAGAGCCGAGGGACUCAUGUGUAUCUGCGGCAGAGGCGGAGAGCAUAGGCAAGGACCACGGAGAGAAAAAAUAUAAAGCGCACAAAGAGUUUGGGGACCGUCGUGGGGGAGUGACAGGAGCCCGCACGUAUUUCUACGCCGACGAGGCCAAAUGUGACAAGAAUAUGGAAACCUUCAUCAAAUGCAUCAAAGCAUCUGGUGGGAGUUCGAUGGACGGUUUUUCCGCCGUCAAAAUGACCGCGCUAGGACGACCUCAGUUUCUGCUUAAAUUCUCAGAGGUGCUGGUGAAAUGGCAGCGAUUUUUCACCUUCCUGGCAUCACAGCAGGGCAAAGAUGGCAUGGAAGCCUUAGAGCAGAGGCUGGAGCUGAAACAACUACAGGAAUUCUUGACCAAACUGGGUGCAAAAGGUGACUUCUAUGGCUGGUUUACUGGCAGGAAAGAGGAAACCUCAGGAACCAUUGACGUGAUCGACUGGAACAGCCUAAUAGAUGCCAGAACAAAGGUAUCGGACCUCCUGGUUGUCCCAAACGUAAAGCAAGGUGAGCUGGAGCCUCUGCUGGAGAAAUUCACUAUGGAGGAGGAGAAACAAAUGAAGAGGAUGUUACAGCGUGUGGACAUCUUAGCCAAGCAUGCCCUAGACAAUGGCGUUCGCUUGAUGGUGGACGCGGAGCAAAGCUACUUCCAGCCGGCCAUCAGCAGACUGACGUUAGAAAUGCAGAGGAUCUACAACAGAGGAAGGCCUGUCAUCUUCAACACGUACCAAUGCUACCUAAAGGAGGCCUACGACAACAUAACCGUGGACGUAGAAGUGUCACGGCGUGAGGGCUGGAAUUUUGCUGCCAAGCUGGUGCGUGGGGCCUACAUGUAUCAGGAGCGAGAGAGGGCCGUAGAAAUGGGUUAUGAGGACCCUAUAAACCCGGAUUAUGAGUCCACCAAUCGAAUGUACCACAGGUGUCUGGAUUAUGUGCUGGAUGAGAUUGCACUCAACAGAAACAAUACCAACGUAAUGGUUGCUUCUCAUAAUGAAGACACAGUGAAACACACCUUAAAGAGAAUGAAUGAGCUGGGUCUCUUUCCCACAGAGAACAAGGUGUACUUCGGUCAACUACUGGGCAUGUGCGAUCAGAUCAGCUUCCCAUUGGGCCAGGCAGGCUUCCCCGUCUAUAAGUAUGUCCCCUAUGGGCCGGUGAAUGAGGUGAUGCCCUACCUGUCCCGGAGAGCCCAGGAGAACAGGGGCUUCAUGAAGGGCGCCCAAAAGGAGAGGGAGCUGCUCUGGAAGGAGCUGAAACGCAGACUUGCCUCUGGGGAGCUUCUCUACAGACCGGUGUACUGAAAACACAGGAGAGGAGACAGAGCAGGGAGUGUGUCAAUGUGUCGAGUUUUUUUUUAUCUCCUCUGGUUGACGGCUGCUGCUGUGGCUGUCUGUUCUGUCUCUCCCUCAGUACAGCUCUGCUGGGAUGUGAAUCUCCUGUUUCUACCCUGUCUCGGAGUUUCCUUGCUGAUGAACUGUGUCUGCGUUCAUCCCUUUUUCUGUCUUCCCGCUGUUGUUUUUCCCCAUUUCUUGCCCCCCCCCCCUUCUGUUCUGCUGAUGUUACCCACCUUCACCCCCUAUCCUUACUUAUAUGAACUGUCCAUGUUCUCUCUAUUUCUUUCCUUAUCUACCUCUGCAUCCAUAAGCAACCACCACUUUGUCCCUCCGUUUUCUAUAGAACUCUGGUAUCUAUCAAUUGGGCAUCUUUACUGCUCCGAAAGGACUCCCUAAAAUGUCAACGAGACUGGGGCGGGCGUCUGUUUUUAUCACCCUAUUUAUCUUAGAGAGGGACAGCAAUAAUAAAAAUAACAGGCUUGAUUUAAAAGGAAGUAAAGGAAACAUCAAUAUUCCCCUGCUGUAUUAUGUUUUUUUGACUCUGGGAAUGCCACGCAGUACCCCAAGGAGGCUUUUCUCUACUCCAUAUUUGUGUGCUUUGUUUGAGGUUGUACUGCUGGUUUGGAAAUGAUGCCUGUUUAUGAAUCAAUAUAAAAUCGUAAUGGUUCCUCACAGCACAUCCCUCUUCUUCUAAGAGUGCAGUGUUUUUUGUUAUUGUAUGUACCGAAGCAAGCUAUAGAAUAUUCUCGGUCACUGAGGUGUUACAAGGGAACACACUGUUUUGAUUCAGUGAGUGAAUCUCCUUUUAAUACAGAUGCCUGCGUGUCUGGCAGGCUGUUGGUUUUUUGGGGUUUUUUUUUUUUCCGUGACAUAGAUGAUAUGCAAGGGGAUAAUAAGUAAGAGGGUUGCCUUUUGGUCUUAUUACAUUUUGACAGGUUAAAACUGUGUAACUCCUAUCUUUGAUGAUGUAAAUGUGUUUGAUGCCGGCUAUCCUAUAUGUUGGUUUUACAUUUCUCACUUUAUGGACCCGUGAAAUUGCUCGAGUAAAUAACUAUGUACUGUAUGAAUAGCAAAAGUGUACAUAAAAAUGUAGUUAAAAGAGGGACUGGAUGUUACUGACUGCAGUAUUGUAGCUGUGAGCUGUUUGUACAGCUUGGGUUGUUUUGGGUUUGUUUGAUUAUUGAUACACAAUUAGUUUUUCAGUCGGAGGGUAACCAAGCUCCAUGAUAAUUAUGGCCUAGUCAUUUUUAUGAGAGCAGCCAGUGCUCUGUAGACCAUCAUUUAAUUACCCAUGAUGUUACGCUCAGUACAGAUCACAGAAAUUGGGUGCAUGAAUCAUUACUUAGAAGAAACUUUAGUGGUUGUUAAGUUUUACUGAGGCAAAGCGCCACAGAGCUGUCACUGCAGCUGUAUUCUAUCGGUUUAAUUAAGAAUCAAGUCUACUUUUGAUGUAAGAUGUGCCUUCGGGUAUACAUUUGCCAAUAAAUCCCUUCUUACACGGCGCUGGAGUUUUCCUGGUUAGAUUCAUCUGCAAAGAUGAUUUAGAGGACACAUUAUAUUGUGGAAAAUUCUACACAAGUUCCACAAGUCAGUCAAAAGCAGCAUGGGCUCAGCAUAUUCUUUGGGACUUAUCAGCAUUUCUCCCCACAUUAAAGCACACAGGCUUGUAAUGGAGUCAGCUGAGACUAAUUUACUUUAUGGAAUGAAUGUUGACAUUGUAUUAUUCAAGUCGUGAAGGACGGCAUACGUAACCGAUUUCUCUGGGCUCCUUUGCCGUUGGCGCCACAUGUUCUGACGUCUGGGAUUGUUUGUUUGACUGUGCCCUUGGCUUUGUGAUUUCAGUGGGACCACACAGCGGUCGGGUGCUUUCCAAAGUACUGCGACGUAUGCUGUGACAGGCCCUGAUUCGAAAACAUACUGAGCAUUGUUUUCCAGGUUUCCCAGUAUGAAAAUAUUUGUUUUUACUGAAACACAAUGGACAGAUUGGCUCGCUGCCGCAUCCCGGUGGCCAUUUAAUCUCUAAUCGGCAUUUGUGUGCCAAUAGAUGAACUGACAAUGAGGAGUACGAUGGCUUUGAGCUGGCCAGUGGUAUUGUGCAUUUUUAUCUUUUGACAGCAAAUUGAGAGAUUAGUGGCUCACAGUGCACAAAACAGAAAACGAGGCCUGGGCGCAUGCAACUGAAUGGCUGUAAUCACACCCACAGUAUGAGGUGGUGUUAAAAACUUUGUUUCACUCCAGGAGGGCUGAAAAAGGUCAAAAAUCAUUUCGCGAUAUACAGCAGAAGACCUCUUCCCGCUACAGUUUCGAGGGAAUUUCAAUCUGCCAGCACAAUGUUUUCCAUGUAGCCCCCGCCUAAACAUUCACAGCAGUGAUUUGAGUCCGUCAGUGUACUCUUAUAUGUGACUGUGGCAACGGUAGUAGUAUUCCCUCAUUAACUGCCUGCUGACUUGACUUUCGACUCCUAUUCGACUUCAACGCCAACAGGAGAUACCAUUUUAGCUGCUUUUCCAGUUUUGAUCAUCACACGGUGUAUUCUGCGAGACAAAAAGGUUUCGCUGACCUGCUUAAGUCGUUUGGUCCCUCUGUACAAAAUUGAACUUGAAUGCAACGGAGGUAGGAUGAAAGUGCCGAAAGGAGACCUUCGACAAUAGACAGCAGACUUUCCUGACAUUGCAACAUCGUCUCUGCACGGCCAUCCAGAAUGACAAGCACAGUGUAACUCAGUAUACUGGCAUCAGGGAAAAUGCUGCAGGACAUGUCAAUAUUUUAUAGCAACAUCUGAGGCUAACAUGGCUCAGAUUGCUAACAAGGAGAAAGGAUUGUCAACUUUCUGCAAGACACUGACAUUUCCCUGGUAAUAUAAUUGGCAUGACUUUAUAAUAAAAGGCACACAGUAAAAAGUAAUUACCUAAGAGCAACUGUGGCACAAACCCGAAUGUAAGUGCUAAUUAAUAAAUA